AUGCCAGAAUGCGAGGUCACGGUUACUGUAUGGCUAAAGAAAAUAUAUGGGAGUGAGCCUAUUCCACAAUACAAAGUGAAUGAAAGGACAGUCAAUAUCUUGUACAAGCUUGUGGAAUACAAUGAAGCCAGAGACAGGGAUGUUUCUUUGCUGAUAGAGGACAUGAAGCAGAAGGCUGCAGAAUAUGAAGCUGAAGCUAACUAUCUACAGGGCCUUCUCGCAGAAAGCCUGGGUCUUUCCCUAUCCAGUCUGUCCAGCAAAGGCAUCAAGUACCUUGAUGUCCUGGUAAACACUGCAAUAACACUUGAAACGAAGGACACUUCUCUUGCCAGCUUCUUCAGUGCCAUCAAUGAUAUGACGUCAGAGCUGUAUGAAACAGAAUCAAAUAACAGAGAAAUGGAACUGGAAUUGAGCAACAUCAGGGAAAAUCUAACUGCAGUGCUGAUGCUGGAAAAGCAGUUAGAGGAGGAUCUUAAAAAAACAGAACAUCUGGAAAUAGAAAAGGCCAAAGAUGAAAGCAGAUCCCAGUACAUGGAGUUCCUGAAAAAUAAAUAUGAGGAUACAGAAGUCAAGAUCAAGGCUGCUGAGGAGCAGCUUGCUGCCACGGGGUUGGAACAAUAACUGACACACAAGUCACUCAUGAGCCUGUCUGAGGAACUGGUUGGACUGCAGGAGGGAACUGUGCCUUUGAAGAAGAAACUGGAGUCCUACCUAGAUUUAAAUCCUAAUCCUUCACUUGUGCAAGUGAAGACUGAAGAAGUAAAAUGAGAACUGGAUGCCUUGGAGGCAGAGUUCUCAAAACAAAUUGAUGUGCUGACUCUUGAGAUGCCAGCACCCAGCAAACUCCAGUUCCCCUGAAGUGGCCUGCAUGGAAGAUGAUUUCCCUUCUAUUGCAUAUUUAUUUGCACUAAUAAAACAUUUUGGAAUUCUCACUGUACUUCUUUAGCUUUCUGCCUUAAUGUUCUUGCUGUUGGAUGGCACGCUUGUGACCUUCCAGCAAGCAUGCUCAUUUUUAGGGGUUCAUGUAGCCUUGCAUUGGUAAACAUCACCUAUUUUUCAUAAAAUAAAGAAAACCAACUUUGAGUGUUA